CGACGCGCAGCGCUGCGUACCUGCGCUACGUGAAUACGCACCGCUCAUCUCGCAUUGCGCAAUAUCCGCAAGCGGUGCAGUCUGGGCUUCGACGCAGGGCUGGCGCGACUGGCUAGCUUCGCUGACCACUUGAGAUGGACGUGUUCUUGAUGAUCCGGCGUCACAAGACUACAAUCUUCACAGAUGCCAAGGAGUCCACCACUGUCUAUGAGCUGAAGCGUAUCGUAGAAGGAAUUCUGAAAAGACCACCUGAAGACCAGCGGCUCUACAAAGAUGACCAGUUGCUAGAGGACAGCAAAACGCUGGGAGACUGUGGAUUCACCAAUCAGACUGCCAGACCUCAAGCCCCAGCCACGGUUGGUCUGGCCUUCCGUGUUAAUGAUGAGAUGUUCGAGCAGCUGCACGUCGAGGCCUUCUCCAGUCCCCCGGAACUCCCCGAUGUGAUGAAGCCUCAGGACUCUGGUAGCACUGCCAAUGAACAGGCGGUGCAGUGAUAGCACGGAGAGGAAACAUGCAUUGGCGGGAAGGAGGGAAGUGGGUGUGUGUGGAUUAAUUGCAUUGGAGAAGUAGCGGGGUGGAGGAUAUGUAAUAUAAUUUCAGUUGAUGGAUGGGAACACUGUAGGUAACCAAGCCUAUCCAUUGUUACCUCCACGCUAUCAUCCCAACACCUCCCCCUCCCCCCUCCUGAAAUUGGCUUCACAAAUUAUUUUUUAAAACUCUUAAUAAUUUCCACAUCACAUGCAGUUCUGCUCCUUGACUUUGCUCUUAAGCACCAACUCGCUCAAAAACCUGUUGAGGGAAGAUGACGGUUUGGAAAAGUAUGAUUGUGUGCGUGUAUGUGUGUGAGUUGUUGUUAUAAUUAUUAUCAUUAUUAAUAUUUUUUUUCUGAAAAGUUGAAGGCAUAGUUGUGUGUGUCACAGUGCUCUAGAAGUAACAUGCAUGGAUAAGGAGUCCGGUGUCCCAAUCGGCAAACUGCAUGAUCGAAUUCAAAUUAAUGGCUUUAUUUUCACAGAAAAGGAUGAACCUUCAGCUCAUUAGUUUCCUCCGUCUGGUUCUCCCAGUUUUGUUGUACAUUUUGGAUUUGAUUUCAUACCAGGAAAGAACAUCUAUAUGGUAAAUGUUUCUUUCUUUUGUUGGUGUUGUCAUUUUGUGUCUUUAGUACGUUUGACUUGUCAGUUCUUCGUUGUGUGUUUCAUGCACUGAGACCAAAGGCAGGUACCUCUUAAGACAGCAGGGGGACGUCUUGGUCAGGGGACAUUCUUGUCUGCGGCACAGGGGGAGCGUUUUCUUGUGUUAAAACGUUAAUUUUGAAAAUGCAUACAUCACGUCACCAACAUCAGUGUGGCACCUUCCUCUAAUCACAUAAUUAUAGCCUGUAACUGUACGUUUGCUUAAUUAAAAGUUUUUCUGUUUUGUUUUUUA